GUGUUUGGUCAAUGGGAGCUUUGACCUUGGGCAGCUUCGAGGAGUGGAAGCCCGAGGCGCCGAAGGACAUCUGCGCGAUCGAGGGCAGCGGGUACGAGUGGGUCAAGAUGAACCUGGACUCGGGUGCUGGGGUGACCUCGUUCCCGCUGGGCUUCGGGCCGGAGAGCUCGGGCAAUGGCAGCCUGUGCAAGACGGCGAGCGGCGAGUGCAUUCCAGAUGGCCGGCUCAGUGGAGUCCACAAUGUGCUGUGCUCCGCGGGCAAGAUGGCGACGAAUGGCCGGCAGAACUUCUACAUGACAGCGGAUGGCUGCUGGAUCAUCCCGAAGGACUCGAAGAUUGGCCAGGAGAUCGAUAAGGCCAUCAUGAAGUGCAUCAACUGGUACGGCAGCAGCGACCUGAUUCCCCUGUACUUGGAGGACCAGGUGUACAACUUCUACAUGCAGAAGGAGAUUUCGGCGACCACCGUCAAGACCGAGAAGACCGAGCAGGGGAGCUCGAGCCAGGGAAACGGCUCGGGCAGGGAGUUCGAUUUGGACCCGGAGUCUGGCGAGGUCCGGGUGCCGAUCGUGGCCUUCGACUACGGCUUCAUGACGCAGGAAGGUGCAGACGCAUAUCCGAUCUUGGUGGUGCGAGAGACCAAGUUCUGGCACGCGGCGGCGACGUGCGUGGAGGCAAAGGGCGUGAACACCUACGCGGUGGCCUUCAUGGUGGGUUUCGUCCGCGACUUGGGCUACCGGAGGUUGAUCCUUAAGUGCGACAACGAGGCGUCCACCAAGGCGCAUCAGAAGAAGGUUGAGGAGAGCGUCGUCGGCGUCGAGAUCGUGCCUCAGGGGCCGCCUGAAGGAGACCACCGAGCGAAUGGUCUGGCGGAGGUGGCGGUGAGAGAAGUCAAGGGGAUGUGUCGCACGCUGCGCGUCGCCAUGGAGCUGAAGAGAGGACCUGGCCGCCGGUUGCGCAAGCCGUUGGCGCAGUUCGGCGAGAAGGUUUGGUUCCGCCGCAUCGGAAAGGACGGAGGCAGCAGCUACGCCAGCAGGAUGACUCAGGGCAGGUUUGUGGGCCACCACGACCGGACUGGGGCAACGUUGUGCACGACGGACAAAGGAGUGGUUCAUGGCAAAUCGUGGACGAGGCAGACUUUCGAGGAUGCGUGGGACAGAACUGGCUGGGACGACAUGUGUGGGACGCCCUGGGAGAUGGCGGCCAAGGAGAAGAAGCUGGAGAAGAAGGUGACCGCGGACAAGGAGGGUAAAGGAGAGCCCCUUCCGAUUCCACCGGCGGGGGAAAGGGCGCCCGAGGUUGCGCCGAGAAGAUUCUAUGUCUUGACCGCGGACAUUGAGGCUCAUGGAGCGACGCCCAACUGUCCAGGAUGUGAGUCGAUUGACAUCCAUGGCAGAGCAAAGAGGACGCACAGUGAUGAGUGCAGAGAGCGGAUCCGAGAGUUGCUGGAGAGGAGCCUGGAAGGACGCGCGAGGAUGGAUGCCUACAGGCAGCGGGUGGCAGCCCACCCGGCAGGUCCAGCAGUAGAGGCUGCAGCAGGACCUGCGGCGCAGCCUGCGCCGGCGGGCGAAGGAGACGCACAGAUGCGCGCUGGAGGAGAUGGCGACGGACGCGUCGCGGGAGAACGGCAAGAGGCACGAGAGGUGCCGCGAGUGACGCUUCGAGCGCCGCAGGACGUGAUCGAGGCGAAGAGGCGAGCUGGUCAGGACUCGAGGUACAUGCAGGAGCUUGUGAACUGGCACAGGUUCGACGAGAUGGGCGACCUGGACAUUAAGGAGCGGGAUGAGCUGAAGGGCGAGCUCGUGGCGCUGAACGCGCUGGACUUCGCGGAAGCUGGCACUGAAGACGCUGAUGUGGAUCUGGGAGCAGUGGACGCGAUGGAGAUUUUUUCGCCGCCGAGGUUCACGGAGGCGGCGAAGAGACAUGGACUCAGACCUGGCGUAGCAGUGGAUCUCUCUACGCGCAGGCCGAGCGAUGGAGUCGGCUGGGAUCUACUGCGCACGGGGGACCAGGCGGAGCUGGACGAUAUCAUUGAGAGGGACCAGCCCUGGCUGCUCACGGGAAGCCCGAGGUGCGACCCGUUCAGCCAGCUGCAGUACCUGAACAGGACCACGACCGACGAGAAGGUCAGGGCCGAGAGACUUCGAGACGGACGUGAAGGGCUGCAAGUUGCGAUCAAGGCGUACAACAAGCAGCAUGAUGCCGGGAGGUACUUUCUUCACGAACACCCGGCGACGGCGACUUCUUGGAGGGAGCAGGGCAUGGAGGAGCUUAUGUCUCGCGAGGGCGUCUACUACGCGCAGGGGCCGAUGCGUCGGCACGGGUUGCAGUUGCCGGAGAAGUACCGGGACGAGAGUGAUGGCGUCCCCGAGUCGUGCGGAAG